GGGGCGCGCACAUGGCUACUUCGACGCACUCCCUGGGCUACGCGGGCUGCAACUUCUUGCGCCAGCGGCUGGUCCUGGCCACGCUGAGCGGGCGUCCCGUCAAGAUUCGCAAGAUUCGGGCCAGGGACGACAACCCGGGCCUCCGAGAUUUUGAAGCCAGCUUCAUAAGGCUGAUGGACAAGAUAACUAAUGGUUCUCGAAUUGAAAUAAACCAAACAGGCACGACCUUGUACUACCAGCCCGGUCUCCUGUACGGCGGGACUGUGGAGCACGACUGCAGCGUCCUCCGUGGCAUCGGCUACUACCUGGAGGCUCUUCUCUGCCUGGCUCCAUUUAUGAAACACCCGCUGAAGAUCGUUCUGCGAGGUGUGACCAAUGACCAGGUCGACCCUUCAGUUGAUGUUCUUAAGGCGACAGCCCUCCCUCUACUGAAACAGUUUGGGAUUGAUGGUGAAUCCUUUGAGCUAAAGAUUGUGCGGAGGGGGAUGCCCCCUGGAGGAGGCGGCGAAGUGUUUUUCUCAUGUCCUGUCAGGAAGGCACUGAAGCCCAUUCAGCUCACAGACCCAGGAAAAAUCAAACGCAUCCGCGGAGUGGCGUACUCCGUACGAGUGUCCCCUCAGAUGGCCAACCGGAUCGUGGAUUCCGCAAGGAGCAUCCUCAACAAGUUCAUCCCUGACAUCUAUAUUUACACAGACCACAUGAAAGGCCUUAACUCUGGGAAGUCUCCGGGCUUUGGGCUGUCACUUGUUGCUGAGACCACCAAUGGCACCUUCCUCAGUGCUGAGCUGGCCUCCAACCCUCAGGGCCAGGGCGUGGCAGUGCUUCCUGAGGACCUCGGCCGCAACUGUGCCAAGCUGCUGCUGGAGGAGAUCUACAGGGGUGGCUGUGUGGACUCAACCAACCAGAGCCUGGCCCUGCUGCUCAUGACCCUUGGGCAGCAGGACGUUUCCAAAGUCCUACUGGGACCACUCUCCCCCUACACGAUAGAAUUUUUGCGACAUUUGAAGAGCUUUUUCCAGAUUAUGUUUAAAAUUGAAACCAAGCCGUGUGGUGAAGAGCUCAAGGGCGGAGAUAAAGUGCUGAUGACCUGUGUUGGCAUUGGUUUCUCCAACCUUAGCAAGACCCUCAAGUGAUACUGUCACAAGAUAAGGCCGCCGCGCCUGCACACAAAACUGAAGCUGCUGAGACACCAGAGGGAACAAGUCCAAGUUCAUUCAUCGGGGACAGGACAGCCUCUUAUAGUAGAGACUUCCUUAAUCUUCCGUUGAGAAAGCCAGAACACAUAAAUACAAGGCAUCUCUAUAGCA